AUGUCCGAAUUCAAAGAGCUUGUGGAAUUUCUUAGGAAUGAUAAUCCAACUAUCAGGCAGAUUGCCAUACAGCACCUCGCGGGUUUCACGACCAAUCAGAAGCAGCUAUUCGACAACGACGCCAUCUCCCAGGUAAAGCUGUCGUGCAGAGAUAAGCCUGCUAUUGCUCACGACGCUUUCUCCAUCCUCGUGAACCUCUCCGACUCUGUUCUCAGCUCAAAUGCCAUCGCUACCAAAGAAUUCCUCCUUUUCCUUACCAGCUACAUCUCCAAUCCAUCAGCUCUAUUAGCUGAUCUAGCCUGUAUGCUUCUCUCUAACCUCAGCAAGCUCCCAAAUCUCAUGCAUGCGCUAUGCUCUCAGCAAAUCCCAAUUAGUCUCCACGACGGAAAUGUUUCUUAUAUUGCGUCUAAGAGCGAUUCUUCAAGCGUACAGAUGGAUGGUCUUCAAACCACCGUAAAAGCUCUUCCCUGUCUCGUUGAGGCUUUUGUCCAGGGCGCUAACAAACCCGAGACGGCUGUUGAGAGUGCUGAGGCUGAUGCACAGCGUAAAUCUAAUUGCCACUUCUUAGGCUCCGUAUUCGCCAACAUCACCACUACUCAACCUGGCAGAGACUUUUUCACAUCUCCUUCACUUUCAUUCGACUCCCUUGCCAACCAAAAGUCUGCCAAGGAGUAUCCACUUGCCAAGCUCACUGCUUUCACAGAGCACCCAAGCAAUAUCAGAAGACACGGUGUAGCUGCUGCUCUCAAGAACUCGACUUUCGUUAAGGACGCACACAGGGCACUACUUGCACAAGACUCAGAAAUUGUUGGCGAGUGCAACGGCGUUAAUAUGCUUCCAUAUGUCCUCUUGCCCUUGUGUGGUCCUGAAGAAUUCGAUAUCGAGGAACAAGAGGCUCUGCCGGAAGUUUGCCAAUUACUCCCUCCAACAAAACAGCGCGAAGUGGAUCCUAGCAUCCGCAAGACACACAUUGAGACACUCUUGCUACUCUGCACCACACUCCACGGAAGGGAGUACCUCAGGAGCAGGAACACUUACGUUGUCAUCAAGGCUGCCCAUGCCGAUGAAAAGGACCAGCAGGUCACCGAUGAAAUGAUCAAGCUCGUCAACCUCAUCAUGAGAGAAGAGGGCCAAGAAACAAAGAUACAGGAGCUCUCAAAAAAAGAAUCUGAGCUGAUAGACGAGGACAUGACAAUCGAGGAGGUUUAA